ACACAGUUUGUUUAAGAUAGUCAUGUCGUUAGCUGUAUUGACUUUUCUAGUACUCUGUGGAUUUUCCUUUCAGCAUCAGGCAGUUGCUGACUGCGGCGCAGAAACAUCCGAUCUCUGGAAGGAUGAUACGGAUUCGGACGAAGGAACUUGCACUCAAGCCUCGAUAAAUAAUGAUAGGAAGGAAGAUCCAUUUGAAAAUGAUCCAAUUAUAAGGCAAUCGAAAAAGAAAGUGGAAAACAAUGACAGCAUGAAUUCAGAAGUUCAGUUGCCACUAUUUCAGAAUAUAAUAAAGAUAUUCAAGUUUAUAUGGCUGGUGCUGAGUGUUUGGAUGAAUUGGAAGUAAUAAAGGCGAUAGGGCAUAUCUGCUCACAGAUCCUGCAAAUU